AAAGAGCUUGGAAAAGGAGUCGAUCUACGGAAGAUUAACUUACUGGGUGACUUCCAAGAAGCAGAGUCCAGUGUAUUUGAGCCCUUACCUGAAAAGUGCUUUAAAAAGGAGAAGUUACACUAUACAGGCAGCAACUUCGACUACUACGCAAGUACGAAAGCCUUUUAUUCCAAGAUGGCCCUCGGAGCGGGCUUAGAUGCCUCGUUGGAAUCGGGCUUCACACUGGGUGCUACACUGAGCAGUGUUGUACAAAAAACAGAGUCAAAAGAAUCUCAAAUAAGCGGUAUGUCCUUAAACAUCCGCGCGCUGACAGAGAAGUUCUUGGUCACAAAAGACUGUUUUCACAACGAAGAGCUCUCUACCUUAUCCAAAAAUCUCGUUGAAGAUUUCGAACGCCUGCCUAUGACAAUUAGCAAGCCCUGGCUGGCGAACUCUUGGAAGGCCUACAGUGUAUUCUUAGAGACGUAUGGCUCUCAUGUUGUGACGUCCGUGAAGCGUGGAGCAAGUAUAAGGCAGACAACGUUUGCCGAAAGUUCUAAAUCGUACAGUCAGAGAGAUUUUCAAGUGAAAAGCUGUGUAUCUCUGGCUGGUCCCACAAGCGUCGGAAAGGUUGGCGUUAAAGCGUGUGCAAAUGUAAGCAAAGAGGAAGUGGCUAAAACAUCUAGCAUGAACACAGUAGAUAACAUUGUUCUCAGAGGAGGCACCCUGGAAACUCGAAAUGCGCUGAGGGGAGACAGGAGCGAAAAACUCAUAGAGAAAUUUUUAAACGAAGCCGGUGAGUCGGACUCCGCCAUAGAGCAUACGUUCAGAUCAUUGUGGAGCAUUCUACAAAGUCGCUUUGGGAUCGGUUCAGAAAACUACGUCAGGGCUGUAAACUUGCAGUACUACUAUCUCGGCUACUUAAAUUACGGCUGCCGUCACAGUGAGAGUGGAGGAGUUCAUAUGCAGAAAUUCGACUACACCAAAUAUGCCCAAAAGCAGUCUCCAGAUUUUGAGUGCACUCUGGCUGCAGAAGGUUGCCACUCUGACAGCGACUGCCAUUACAAGGUAAUAUGGUGUUCUUGCCGUGGGAGUUCCUGUGUUCGCUACAAAAAGGAAAAAGAAGACUCAGGGGCCAUAAAAACCAUCGCUUACGCAAACACUGACCACGACUGGAGGAAGCAUGGUUGCAAAUUGCACUUGGCUGGAUCUUUGUGCAAGUGUCACAACCAUAAUGAGCCAAAAGUGGUGUGGAGGAUACCCAACAGGGAUUUCCCGCAGAACGACAGGGGCGACGCAGAUUUCGAUACCCCAGAUGAAAAUGACAGUGGACAAGCAGAAGAGGAAGAGUACGAUGACGAGCCAAAUUGAUCAAGGUGAUCUCACAUGCGUAAAAAGCUCAAGAGCUCAAGAGGGAAAUGCAUUGUAAUCUAAAAUUAGUGAUUAGGAAGUUCAGAAAGGGCAAAAGUUGUUCAAAAUACUUGCACCAAAAUUAAAGCAGUAUGAUUGACAUUCCAGUUGAACGUUUUUUUGCAUUUCUUCCUAAUACUACUUUUUCUCUGCGAAAUUUAUGAAAUUUAUAAACUGUUCAUUUCCUUAAACGUAACGUAUAUUACCUUGUGCCAAAUUAUUUUGAGACCGUAAGUGCGUUUCUUUCUCUCCCCUCCCCCCCCCCCCCCCCCCUUCAUCUCAAGCUAGGGAUAAUUAAGAUGUAUUAGACCCAAAGGACAACCUGAAGAGUGUCGCCGGAUCUCAUGUAGACCUGGAUCAGAAAAUAGCUGGAAUACAAGACACAGAGACGGCAAACAGUAGUUUACUCGUUCAUCGUUUUGUUCUCGGGAUCAUUGUAUGUAGCGUCUAUACAUCUUGCAAUACUCAGUUGAGGAUACUUCAACAAUGAUUCAUUUCUCAUCUCGGUUUUUAAACAUCUCCUUACUCCUGUUUGUGAGUUUUUUGUUCUGGGUUGUGCGGGGAAGAAUAGCUCUCUAUUUCUUUUUAUGUUCAAAAUAACUUAGUUCCUUCUUUCAAAAUGGACCUUACUUUGACCUACCAUGCCAUGAUGGCCGACGACAUUUAGUAGCAUUUUCCAACAUUUUUACACAAGAAGAAGGAAAAACAAGUCUUCUUCAACUAAAAUGUUCCAUCAUAAACAAAUAAGAGAAAAUUCAUCGUCUAUUGAUUCAAAUGAAAACGAGACGGAUUUAUAUCUUAACAGUUCACCAAAUACGAACAAAACGUAAAUCGUUCGGGAUUCGCAUAACAAAAAUGAAUGAAAGUGAAAUUAAGCAACGAAGAAUUCAAAGUUAAUUUCGAACGCAAUGCAAACUAAAGGCACAUGCUGGGCAGAAAUAUCAUUUCCUAAAAUCUUAUUCUUAAGAACAUUACCAUAUUCUCUGAGGGUAAAAUAAUGUGUAUAAGUUUUGAAAAGGCACAGUACAGUGUCAUGAACAUUAAUCCCGGCUCAAAAAAAAAUCCAAUGGAAGUAUCCAUAUCAAAGGGAGACCCCUAAGAACAGGCCUGGUCUUUCUAAAGUAAUCGUACUAGUACUUGCAAUUGAAAGUCGCUAAAAAGCAAAGGCGCGGCAAGAGGUACGUACAGUGGGGGGAAACCGUAAAUCCUUGAUGAAAACUCAGUUGGUUCCGCCAGUCGCGCCAUUCCGUUUUGGAAGUUUCAGAAAACAUGGGCUGUGUUUUGCGGCCUCGGUGCAGUUUUUCACUGUUUUUAAUCUGUUCCGUUGAUUUGGGUAUACUUUGUAGCGGGUCAUUCUCCCACCACGUCAAAUUUUAUAGUUUUUUGUUUUUGCAGGAGAUUUCCACCCGGACGGUUUGUGUAAAUGGUAAGCACCUUAAAUCUUUUCCAGGCAGGUAACUUGAUUACAUUUCCGUUCUUACCAUUGUAGUGAUCAUCUCUCUUGUAGCACAGUGCUCUACACAUGACAGCACUAAGACUUUCGAGUGUUUGCGUGAGGCCAGGUUGCGGAAAAACACUAGCUUCUGCGUUAAAAAAAAGCACAAAUGAAAUAUUUUUCUUUUAAAAUGUCGGUCAGCCAGAUCAGUCACACAAACCUGAUUCUCAUUCGGAUUCCAUGCGAGAAUAUCAGAUUGAAAUUGAUAUUCGCAGGCUGACUUGUAUUAACAAGAUCAAGAAAAGGCUCUCUGGAGUUGCCGACAAACUUAAAUAGAAAAAUAAUCAAUGGACUUGAACGUGAAAAUGCAAUAGUAUUAUAGAACCAGUAAGCAAGUCAAAGAAAAACUUUGACAAUAAACAUUCAUUAUUUAUCGUCAGUCUUGUUGAGAGGGAGUUCACGUUGGUAGAAAAAAGUAAUUCGCCAGGCUAAAGAUCAUAUGCUACCAAGCUGCAAAUUACGAAACGUGUGCUCGAAGCGCUAUCGUAUUUACUCAUAAUUCGUUUUUAAAAUGAUGCUUUAUUUUACCUUCUUUCCUGUACCUGUAGAAGUACAAAUAUGAGAUGGCUAGAUUAUAAAGGAACCCUGCGGAUUAAAACACCCCUUAAAUGCGACCACCUCGUUAACACAAGCGGACUUGUGACAAGAAGAAAGAGAAUGUACAAUCAAUUUGUAGUGGAAGCCCAAAGAAGCCCCCGUUAAAACGAUUACAUUUCUAAAUCCCUGCCGAUUUUGUGCUUAAAGUCUUACCAAAAAAUUCUCUGGAAUCGCCAGUUCUUUCAGUUACUUCUCCAGCUGGAGCAUUUCGUCAAAAGGGAGUAUUUAUCAGUCGUAACGUAACAGGACUGGAAUAAGCACGUAACAACGCAGUUUAGGGAAAUCAGAGGUGAGCAAACAUCAGUGGAUUGUAGAAAGUGCUUUUUUUCCCCUUUCAUCAGGUUUAGCACUAAGCAAAGAAUUAUUCCCUUAACGUAAUCAGAACCCUUACACAAAUAUACAGUUGAUUCUAAAGCUUCAAAAACGAUACUGGUCUGCUGGGAAAAGCAAUUUGCGAAUCUAUUUGCGAGGUCUUUAAUACAUCAACACCACUCGCUCACAUUCCUGCUGUGAAAUCUUAAAGACAAAAACAAACUUUGCUGCCUAUAGCCCACCUGAUAUUCAAAUCAGAUACGAUUGUCGCUGGAGACAAGUAAUUAUCCACAAAUUUGGUCCCUGUAACAGUUCAACAUCUUAAUUAUGUUACUCAAACUGAACUUUCUUGAAGACGUCGAAUAUUUGAUGAGCUUUCUACGGGUUCCUUUUUGUCGCGAGUUUUCCACCACUUCCACCAACUUAACGGUUUUUAACAAAAUCUUCGCUCUGCAUAUCAAGAAUUGUUUUGUGUGGUAGCACCACUAGCGAGCUUGAGCAACCAUGACAACAACGACGACGACGACCGAAACGAAAAAGUAAAAAAAGCCCAGGGUUUUAUAACCAAGAAAGAUUUUCGUAGAUUUACUUUUCUGGCAUCUCACGGCUAACUUAGUCAUCAAUAGCGAACGUCACAACUUGUAUUUCGUCGGAAAUAGCCAUACAGAGUAAGACAUGUGUUUCACUCCUCCACUUUUGUUUUGAACUUACCCAUUUAUAGGUUUUCUUGAAGACCGCUUCUCCCGCUAAAUAAUAAAUGAUAAUCUCCUUUGUUUACCCUCUGCAGUAUUUAUAGCACUUACGCUAGCGGGGCCGUUCAAAUCAUCUGAAACAAAUAAUUCAAUUCAAACAUAGCUGGGUUAAGAAUCCCAACUGGCCGGAGCCAAACCAGUUGACUAUUUACAAGCGUAAUAGAGGAGUUCAACUCCGCCAGCUGGCGGGUUAGGGCGGGAAUAGACCUUUUUACCGAUACGGCGGCCAUAUUGAAUUAAUUCGAUUUAAGGAGUAUUAUAGGAUGCCCAGGGGGCAUGAGCACAUUUCGUUUGUAUUUUUGAGCACUUCUCGGGAAAUUUUUUCAUAAAGUUUUCUUAGAAUAAGAUUUUAAUGGGCAAAAAGAUCCUUGUGCCGUGUUUGGAUGUAAUAAUGAUCGCCUUUUUCUAGUUUAGUAUUAAAAAUAUAAUCUUUCACUGUAUAUUUCUCGGAAAAA